AUGGUCCAAAUCUCGCCACUAUCGAAAAUCAUCACAUUGUCCACAGUCCUGGCCACGGGCUUUCUGCUCAUCAUCCUGUCAUGUGCAUUGUGGAACAACUGGCUGCCAUUGAUUGUCGUUGCCGUCUUCUGUCUGGCCCCUGCACCCAACGCAAUCUGCCAGAGCUGGGCUGGCCAGGACGACUUCAUGAGCGAGAGUAGCAGCACCGUGGUCGACUUUGGUCGCUUCUCCACCGGCUUCAUGGUCGUGUCUGGACUGUCAAUUCCCGUCAUGCUCGCACACAACAGCAUCAUCAACACUGCGGCCAUGUGGAUGUCGCUGUCGGGCGGUCUUCUCAUCUACGCAACUAUCAUUACCUUUGGCGCAUUCUUCUAUGAGCCCGAGGAGUUCUAG